CCGCCGCCGCCGCGGGGUCGGGGCGGACCAUGCGCCCGAGCAGCCCGCCGCCCGCCGGCUGGCUGUGCGUGCUGGCCAGCGCCCUCGCCUGCGCCCUGGGCCCCGCGGGCGGCCAGGCGACCAACCUGCAGUGGGAGGAGGAAUGUUACCAUCUGCGGAUGAUUGAGGAGCAGCACAAGAAGUGCCUGGAGGAGGCACAGCUGGAGAAUAACACAGCAGGCUGUAGCAAGAUGUGGGACAACCUCACCUGCUGGCCAGCCACCCCACCAGGCCAGGUGGUCGUCUUGGCCUGCCCCCUUAUCUUCAACUUCUUUUCACCAAUUCGAGGCCGCAACGUGAGCCGGAACUGCACCAACGAGGGCUGGACGCACUUGGAGCCUGGCCCCUACCCCUUUGCCUGUGGCCUGGAAGACAAGACAUCAGAUGUGCACCAGCAGCAGCAGUCAAUGUUCUACAGUUCUGUGAAGACCGGCUACACCAUUGGCUACAGCCUGUCCCUCGCCACCCUUCUGGUUGCCACGGCCAUCUUGAGCCUGUUCAGGAAGCUCCACUGCACGCGGAAUUACAUCCACAUGCACCUCUUCAUAUCCUUCAUCCUGAGGGCCGCCUCUGUCUUCAUCAAAGACUUGACCCUCUUCAACAGCGAGGAGCUGGACUAUUGCACGAAGGGCUCGGUGAGCUGUAAGGCAGCCGUCGUCUUUUUCCAGUACUGUGUGAUGGCCAACUUCUUCUGGCUGCUGGUGGAGGGCCUCUACCUGCACACACUGCUUGCCGUCUCCUUCUUCUCUGAGCGGAAGUACUUCUGGGGGUACAUACUCAUCGGCUGGGGGGUGCCCAGCACAUUCACCAUGGUGUGGACCAUCAUCAUGAUCCGUUUUGAAGAUUAUGGAUGCUGGGACACCAUCAACUCCUCAUUGUGGUGGAUCAUAAAGGCCCCCAUCCUCACCUCCAUCUUGGUGAACUUUAUCCUAUUUAUUCUCAUCAUCCGAAUCCUGGUUCAGAAACUUCGGUCCCCAAAUGUUGGGAAGAGUGACAGCAGCCCAUACUCGAGGCUGGCCAAGUCCACCCUUCUGCUGAUCCCCCUGUUUGGAGUACACUACAUCAUGUUCGCCUUCUUUCCCAGCAACUUUAAAGCUGAGGUGAAAAUGGUCUUUGAGCUCAUCGUGGGGUCUUUCCAGGGUUUUGUGGUGGCCAUCCUCUACUGCUUCCUCAAUGGCGAGGUGCAGGCCGAGCUGCGGCGGAAGUGGCGGCGCUGGCACCUGCAGGGCAUCCUGGGCUCCAACGCCAAGUACCAGCACGCCUCGGGAGGCAGCAACGGGGCCACGUGCAGCACGCAGGUGUCCAUGCUGACCCGCGUCAGCCCCGGCGCGCGCCGCUCCUCCAGCUUCCAGGCCGAGGUCUCCCUGGUCUGACCGCGGGCGCCCAGCGGCCCAGCGCGGCCCCUCGCGCGCACCACCCCGGCGCCACCGGGACGGACGCCCGCCCAGGCGAGGUCAGCCCCAGCCCGGGUUCGGGGCUGUGCCGACCCCCCAGGCCGCUGUCCGGACGCCCCCGAGAGCGCCCGCCCCGCGCUCCCCCGAGGAGAGGAGGGGGCCCAGGUGCGGGAGCCGUUGCUCGGCGCGCCGGAGCGCGGGGGCUCGAACCCGGAGGAUGAGGGGCGGAGCGCGGUCUCGGGCUCCUCCCGCCCACGCCGGGCUCGGCCCAGGACGGCCGGCGCGCGUGCGGGUCCCCGACGGUGGGCGUGGGAACGCGGAGCGCGCGCUGAGGACACAAGGCUCCUGCUCCUAAAGGUCGCCGCCGCCGCCACCUCGACGGGGCCCGAAGUUCCUCCAUCGCUGCCAAGUUCCUUUGGGUUAAGCGUUGCCGUUCAGGCGUCUCUUCCGAGGUGCCCACCCCCACCCGGCGUCGUCCGCUAAGCUGCCGGCCCCUGCCCCCGGUGGAGGAGUUCCCCGGCCUCGGCCUCGGCCUCGGGCAGGUGCGGUUCUCGUAGGGAGUUUGGUUUGGGGAGCACCUGUCUGCCUCGUCCCCGCCCAAGUGGAGCGGCCGGGAGGGCUGGAACAGUUGAGACUGCCGCCGGCCCUGCCCAGCCCCACGGGCAGGGGAGGCUUCCCUGGGAGGCCACCUGUGUGCCAGCUCUUAGAACCAGGCUCAGAGGUGUGCACUGCGGAGCCCCUUAACCCUCCCGUACCCAGUCAGGUGGGAUCUCCUGUCCCUGUUUCACAGACCAGGGAACAGUCUCACAGAGCGGAACCUCACCUGUCACACAGCUAGGGUUUGAUCUCCGAUCCGACUGACGGGAAAGUGAAAGCUCUUAACUGCUGCAUUUUAUAUAUUUUAACAAGCUGAAUCCUCUUGGUUGUUUGUAUCACCACUAAUAUUAUUACCACCUUCCCUGCAACCCCAUGCCCACCCGACCCACCCCGGCAUGUGACUGAGGAGUCCUCUGGCCCCUACGUCAUCCGGACAAGGGGCUGGUGGUCCUAGCAUCCUGUCUGCCCUGCACCCUGUGGCCACAUGGCUUCCUGCCCACGCCCCAGCCACAAGACCCCCUCAGUUCUGCAAACAGGCUUGUACAACAAUAAA